GAUGUGUCUGCUUGAUGACGGAAGUACACAUGACGGACAAACACACCACUUAGGAACACUUGCGUAUCUCGAAACAGAAAUUGGGCCUCCGGACAAAGAGACGGACAGCAUACCCAGACCCACGGCACGGAGCGUCAGACAUCAGUACGACUUCUUCACUCUGGACGUUACGCUGAAGGAGGGCAGGAGACUCGCUAUCAGAGACAAAUGUGGAACCAGCGACCCUUAUGUGAAGUUCAAGUACGACGGGAAGCAGGUCUACAAGAGCAGGAUCGUGUACAAGAACCUGAACCCUCGCUGGGACGAGACGUUCUCCCUCCCCGUGGACGACGUGACCAAGCCGCUCGUGGUGAAGGUGUUCGAUUACGACAGGGGGCUGCAGGAUGACCCCAUGGGUCAUGCCUACAUCGACCUGGCGUCGCUGCUGAUCGACAGGAAAGAAGAGUUUAAAGUUGACCUUGAGGACCCACAUGUUGCAGAAGACUUGGGCUACCUUCUCCUGGACCUCACUCUGGUGCCAAAGACUAGCGAUGAGAAGGAAGAGUUCUCCAGGGCGGACCGAUAUUUUUCUCUUUUGGACCAGUUGAGUCUGACCUACUGGAAGCACAAGUACUUAGCAAAGAGAAACCGACUGGUAGAGACCCAGCGCAGCAUGAAGGCUCAGAUCUGGAGCAGUGUGGUGAGCCUGGUGCUGAUUGAAGGGAAGGGGCUUCUCCCGAUGGACGAUAACGGGCUCAGCGAUCCGUACUGCAAGUUCAGACUCGGCAACGAGAAGUACAAGAGUAAGGUGGCAGGAAAGACCCUGAACCCUCGCUGGCUGGAGCAGUUUGACCUCCACAUGUACGAUGACCAGACCAGCGUGCUGGAGAUCUCCGUCUGGGACAAAGAUGUCGGCAGCAAGGAUGACUUCAUGGGCAGGUGCCAGGUGGACCUGUCCGAGCUGAAGCGAGAGGAGACUCACCACAUUGAGAAGGAGCUAGAGGAUGGAGCUGGCUCCGUAUCCUUCCUUCUCACCAUUACAGGGCACGCCAGCCACGCUCACUCCCCUACGUGCUGGGGUGCUGACGGCCUGCACACGCACUUAGGUAGUGCAGGCAACGAGACGAUCACAGAUCUGGCUAACUACAUGCCCGACCCCAGGGAGAGGCUGGAGGUCCAGAGGAGAUAUUCUUUACUCAGGUCUCUCAGGAACUUGAAUGACGUCGGACUGUUGCAGGUCAAAGUUAUAAAGGCUACAGGUUUGUUGGCGGCAGAUUUUGGGGGGAAGAGCGACCCUUUCUGUGUGCUGGAGCUGACGAAUGCCAGGCUACAGACGCAAACUAUCUACAAGACUCUCAACCCCGAGUGGGGGAAAGUGUUCACAUUCCAAGUUAAAGAUAUCCACUCCAUCCUGGAGGUCAGUGUUUACGAUGAGGACAGGAACAAGUCGGCAGAGUUUCUGGGGAAGGUGGCAAUCCCGCUGCUCAGAAUUAAGAAUGGAGAGAGGAAAGCGUUUUUCCUGAAGGACAAGAAACUGAGGAGAAGAACGAAGGGCUCCAUCGUGCUGGAGAUGGAAGUCAUCUACAAUUCUGUCAAGGCCAGCUGGAGGACGUUCAACCCUAAGGAGGUGAAAUAUCUACAGAUGGAGCAGAAGUUCAAAAGACAAAUCCUGGUGAGGAACCUGCAGAGAGUGAGCCGACUGGUCAUGGCGGUCGUCAACACGGGAAGGUUCGUCAAGAGCUGCUUCGAGUGGGAGUCAAAAACACGCAGUAUCACUGCCUUUAUAAUGUAUGUGCUGAUGGUGUGGAACUUUGAGCUGUACAUGCUGCCUCUGGUUCUGCUCAGCAUCUUCUUUAAGUACUACAUCGUGCGGUCGGUGAUGGAGGGGCGGACCGACCAGCAGGAGGUAAGGGCUGACGAGGAGGCUGAGGAGGAGGAGCAGGAGGAGGAUGAAGAUGAUGAGGAGAGGGGGAAGGAGAAGAGUAAGAGUUUUAAGGAGAAGUUGCAGGCGAUCCAAGACGUCUGCCAGACGGUUCAGAACGGGCUGGACGAGGUCGCGAGUCUCGGAGAGAGUGUCAAAAAUGCUUUUAACUGGACGGUUCCGUUCCUGUCGUGGCUAGCCGUCAUCACGCUGGCCAUCGCAACUGUCGUCCUCUACUUCAUCCCCCUCAGAUACCUGGUCCUGGUAUGGGGUAUCAACAAGUUUACAAAGAAGCUACGGAACCCUAAUGCCAUUCCUAACAACGAACUUCUGGACUUCCUGUCCAGGGUGCCGUCAGACGAGGAGCUGAUCGAUUGCAAGGAGCUGAAGUCUGACGACACCCAGCAACCCUCCCCCAAGAAGAAGAAAACCAGCUGAUGAGUCAGGAACGUCCGCCAAGAGCUUCUCUGCCAACUUGCACUGCUGCACGGUUUCCAUGGUUACCAUGCGCUGCUGCACCGUUACUAUGGUUACUAUGCACUGCUGCCUGGUUGCCAUGGUUACAACAGUUGCCAUGGUUACCAUGCUGCACCAGUCGCUACACAAAUAUCUCACACUUAAAAAUUCCUUGCACACUAGCUACAAGUGUACACUGCUAUUGGCCUGUGGAAUACAGAUCUAUAGAAAGGUUGGUAGAGCUGACAGCAGUGCAUCAUUAUAAGAGUUUCAGCCCUGUUACCGUUCUGCACCUAAAGCCUUGCAUGGCAGACUGGCACGAGCAUGUUCAUAGUGAGACUGCCGACAUGACUUUUAUCCAUUACCUGCUGCUGACUGCCUAUGUGUAGCACGCAUGUGGGUAUGACUGCCUAUGUGUAGCACACAUGUAGGUAUGAGUGCCUAUGUGUAGCACACAUGUAGGUAAGAGUGCCUAUGUGUAGCACACAUGUAGGUAUGAGGGCCUAUGUGUAGCACACAUGUAGGUGUGAGUGCCUAUGUGUAGCACACAUGUAGGUAUGAGUGCCUAUGUGUAGCACACAUGUAGGUAUGACUGCCUAUGUGUAGCACACAUGUAGGUACGAGUGCCUAUGUGUAGCACACAUGUAGGUAUGAGUGCCUAUGUGUAGCACACAUGUAGGUACGAGUGCCUAUGUGUAGCACACAUGUAGGUAUGGGUGCCUAUGUGUACCACACAUGUAGGUAUGACUGCCUAUGUGUAGCACACAUGUAGGUACGAGUGCCUAUGUGUAGCACACAUGUAGGUAUGAGUGCCUAUGUGUAGCACACAUGUAGGUACGAGUGCCUAUGUGUAGCACACAUGUAGGUAUGAGUGCCUAUGUGUAGCACACAUGUAGGUACGAGUGCCUAUGUGUAGCACACAUGUAGGUAUGAGUGCCUAUGUGUAGCACACAUGUAGGUAUGAGUGCCUAUGUGUAGCACACAUGUAGGUAUGACUGCCUAUGUGUAGCACACAUGUAGGUAUGACUGCCUAUGUGUAGCACACAUGUAGGUAUGACUGCCUAUGUGUAGCACACAUGUAGGUAUGAGUGCCUAUGUGUAGCACACAUGUAGGUAAGAGUGCCUAUGUGUAGCACACAUGUAGGUAUGAGUGCCUAUGUGUAGCACACAUGUAGGUAUGAGUGCUUAUGUGUAGCACACAUGUAGGUAAGAGUGCCUAUGUGUAGCACACAUGUAGGCAUGAGUGCCUAUGUGUAGCACACAUAUAGGUAUGACAUGAUUUGCCUUUAAUGCAGUAAAACAUUCUAAGUGUAGCAGCACAAGCUGGCAUUAGGACUGUUGUAUUGAGCUGUAGGGUUAUAGAUAAAGUUGUGUAUAGACUACUUCUCGAAUUUUUAACUUUCAAAUUGAUUUGACCAGAGACAGAAUUUUAUGGCAAUGUCGACAUUACUAUAAAAAGCAAUAUGUCACACCAAUGAGAACCACAUAACCAGUGUAGACUGCAUUAUGAUAGUAGAACACAACCAGCAGAGUAGGACAGACUUGCUGUUUGAUUUGUGUGUAGAUUUUAGACCCAUUAGAGCCGUUUAUCUUUAAUGUGGAAAGUUUAAGUUUUAGUGACGAAAUGUUUAUAGAAUAUUUGUGUCAGCUCUUCUCCAAAAACUAUAGAAUAUUAACUUUCUCUUAAUGUUAUAAAGCAGAAGUUAUCUAUUUUUUUUAUUGCCACGUUAUGAAUGAUUCAUACACUACAAAAAUCUCAUAUCUGAUUGCAUGUCACGAAUGUUUUGCCAUUUUGCAACCCCAAAUAGCCUCUACCUCUUUCCAAGAGUUGUAAGAUUAUUAUUUCAUGCCAUAUUCCUGUGUUAUUUUAGCAGCAAUGCAAUAGUAAGUAU